AUGGAACGGAAGCUCAGGGACUACGAGGAGAGAGAGGAGGUACAUAAUGAUAAACUUUUAGAGCUAGAAUCUAGAUCCAUGAGGGAUAACCUUAUUUUCUAUGGGUUGCAGGAACCGGAAACGCCGAAGCUAGGGGAAACACCGGAAGUCGACGAUUGUGAAAAACUAGUAAGACAACUACUGAAGGACAAACUAAACAUUGAUAGAACAAAUAUAGAAUUUAACAGGAUACACCGACUAGGCAGUAAUCGUGCAAAAAAACCACGGCCAAUUGUUGUUAAUUUUCAGCGGUCGGCAGACAAAGAGGAAAUCCGAAUGAAAUCCUACAAAGAGGACGUUAAGAAACUGCUAAAUGAUUCAAAGAUGGGUAUCGGGGUCCAAAUGCCACAAGAAUACCGUGAUGCAAGACGAGCACUUUCAGACUCUGCGAAGGACGAAGCGAACCUUGGAAAGAACACCCGUAUCGUGGGAAAUAAACUAUAUGUUGACAAUAAGUUAACCAAGAAAUUUAUUAAUGGGAAAGUAUUUAUCUAUGACUAG